GACAUCGACGCGCUGCUGGCCCGCGAGCGCCGCGCAGUGCGGCGGCUUGUCAAGAUCUUGCUCCUGGGCGCGGGGGAGAGCGGCAAGUCCACCUUCCUCAAGCAGAUGCGCAUCAUCCACGGCCGCGAGUUCGAUCAGAAGGCGCUGCUGGAGUUCCGAGACACCAUCUUCGACAACAUCCUCAAGGGCUCGAGAGUGCUCGUGGAUGCGCGUGAUAAGCUUGGCAUUCCCUGGCAACACUCUGAGAAUGAGAAGCAUGGGAUGUUUCUGAUGGCCUUCGAGAACAAGGCAGGGCUGCCUGUGGAGCCCGCCACCUUCCAGCUCUACGUGCCAGCCCUGAGUGCGCUCUGGAGAGACUCCGGGAUCAGGGAAGCCUUCAGCCGCAGGAGCGAGUUCCAGCUGGGUGAGUCAGUGAAGUACUUCCUGGAUAACUUGGACCGAAUCGGCCAGCUGAACUACUUCCCCAGUAAGCAAGACAUCCUGUUGGCCAGAAAGGCCACCAAGGGGAUUGUGGAACAUGACUUCGUUAUCAAGAAGAUCCCGUUUAAGAUGGUAGACGUGGGCGGCCAGCGCUCACAGCGCCAGAAGUGGUUCCAGUGUUUCGAUGGGAUCACGUCCAUCCUGUUCAUGGUGUCCUCGAGUGAGUACGACCAGGUGCUCAUGGAGGACAGGCGCACCAACCGGCUGGUGGAGUCCAUGAACAUCUUUGAGACCAUCGUCAACAACAAGCUGUUUUUCAACGUCUCCAUCAUCCUUUUUCUCAACAAGAUGGACCUCCUAGUGGAGAAGGUGAAGUCCGUGAGCAUCAAGAAGCACUUUCCAGAUUUCAAAGGCGACCCGCACCGGCUGGAGGACGUGCAGCGCUACCUGGUGCAGUGCUUCGACCGCAAGCGGCGAAACCGCAGCAAGCCCCUGUUCCACCACUUCACCACCGCCAUAGACACCGAGAACAUCCGCUUUGUGUUCCAUGCUGUAAAGGACACCAUCCUGCAGGAAAACCUGAAGGACAUCAUGUUGCAGUGAGGACAGCUCUGCCACAGUCUCUGGUGUGUGUGUGUGUCGCCUGCAGGGACCUGCGGUGGGUGUCACUGAUCCACGCCUUCCACCCAAUACCCAGCUCACUGAUGCUGUGCCACCAGCCGGCCAGCAAGCUCCAGGCAAGAGGCGUGGGAGCUUUGAUGAUAGCUACUGAAUCUGGGGACUGCUGAAACUACUGAACUCAUGAUCGCUCUGGUGUUAAUUUGUGAUGCCUAACACAGCUUCCUCUCUCCCUACAGAAACUGCUCCUUUGCUGACACAGCUUAACGAAGGUUCAGGUGUGGACACACACAAACACGUGCUUUCUCUAAUGACAGAAACACAGACCCCAGCCAGCCUUGCAGAUAGCUUUCUCUAACUUGCAGGUCUUCACUGACCCACUAAUCCCGAAGCUUUGCCUCCCGUUAGGUGCAGAGGGGCAUGCAACGCUGCUAAGCUCAGACUGCCUGAGCUGGCCCCAAAACCCAGCUCAGGCCUCAGUGCCAGCUCCCAAAGUGAAUACACUGCCUUUAAAAUUGUGCCAGCACCCAAGAGUCCACACUCUGGACACACCUGGUUGGGCCUAGGAACCAGGCCAGGGGUUCCCCUCCCCACUGUAGAGAAUACAGUGGGUGCUGUGGACCUGCCUUAAUGCUCCAAAAGCCACCCACCUUGUCUGCACGCCCAGCAGCCACAGCAUGGAGAGGUGGCCUCUGGCACGGCCGUGGCUCAGUCCGGGUCCCCACUGGUGCUCUCAUUCCUCCCUACUUCCCUCCCCAGCCAGUGGCAAAGACAUAACCAAGUGGCCUUGUGGGUGGCUCCCCUGCCUUACUUGACAGUUGGCGGCAUCUGGUGUCCGUCCCCCCCCUCCAAUCUGGGCUCUAAAAGCCGGCAAAAGCCCCUGUAGAGCUCUGUGCCUCAUCAGCUGGCAUCCCUAGCUGCUGGCCCCUCAGGAGAAGCUGGAGGUCCUGCACACUCUCACUGUUGCCUUCACAAAGUGCAGGUUCCCAGGCUCCCAUCAGGCUUCUUGUCACUGUGCACACAGCCAGCAGGCACCCUGUGAGCUCCAGUCAGGUGCAGAAGGCCAGGCACCUCAGCACGAACUGGUACAUCUCAGCUCAGGCCAUCAGGCUCCCAGCAGGUGUCACACUGUGCUUUAAAAAUAUUUUGCAUUCCAGACCAGUCCCUCUAUAUAUUACUCUCUCCAGGCUGGGGUGGGGAGAGGGAAGUGUUAUUCUUGCAUUUAAAAUAAAAUCUCUAGAUCCAGAAUGUUCCAUGGCUCACACUUCCAAGGGCCCCAUCAGCAGCCACACUGCUCCUGACACUUGGCUCCUUGUUGAAUCCCACUCUUGACUCAUUUCAGCCACCAGACAAAUAGGAUUCUUAGAAUAGAUUCUAAGCCAGAAGAAGGGAGGGAAGCCUGCUACUGAGGCCCCCUUUGUUACUAUAGAUCCCUGAUUAGGAGACAGCAUGAGUCUCUGUCUCUCUCUGCUCAAGGUUUUCUAUCAGUGUUUGCUAGGCUUCUGGCUCUUGCCUUUGGAAAGAAAGUGUUGCUGUUUCUAUCUGCUUUUUUGAGCUCUGUAAGCUGAGGGGAUGUGACCAGGGUGAGUUUAAAGGAGACCACAGCCUCACAGUGCUCCUCAGCCUCGGGUGUAAAGGAGCCCAGUCCCCGUGCAGUGAGCCUCACUUGCCUGGGUGUCUUAGGUAACUCACAGGUCAAUCACUACUGAGACCCCAAGGGGACACAAGCUGUUCUGCUUCACCACUGUUGGAGGCUGCUGCCCCCCUGACUGGGAUAACUGGUGGAGUUGUCUGGGCCAGCCUCAUCAGGGAGAGUGCUGUCCCUGACAGCCUGACAUAUGUACCAGUCACUUUCAAAGCUGGAAGCAUGUGCGUAGCGGGAUGCAUGACUUCCAUUUAACUGAACAGAAAGCGGGUGGAUGGCUGGAGGCCUGGUCCUGGACCAGCUCGGCCUCUGGUCCACUGCCCUGGCGAGCUGAGCCUGGCCGCCCGUCCUCUCUGUAAGGACACCCCCACUCUGUGAAACAUGAAGCAAUGCGAUUGGAAAAUGAGAUAACUGUUUGCAAGGCUAGACUGAAAUCAUUUACAACUUUGUACACAUAGAUUGUAGUCAGUUUUGUCUCCCAAACCUUAGGCUUUUCUAUUUUUUUAAUUUUAAUUUCACUGUUACCUUGACUAUUGUCCUUUCUUUUAUUGCAAUGUUGGAGAAGCCUCGUCUAUUAUUGCAAAAAAUAAAAAAUGUAACAAUAAACUUCCUCAAAAUAAGGUA